CAUCAAAUCUUGGAUAGACCGCCUCUCUCACUGGCCUCCCCGCUCACCCUCCGACACAGCAUUCAUCGAUACCCAGCUUAGAACCAGCCUCGACGGCUACGCAGUAGUGACGGGCUCGCCCUGUAAUGGCCUGGUAUCAGAGCUACUCACGCUAUACCCCAACGCUAUCGUGAUAUGCACGGUGCGCGAUCCUGACGCGUGGGCUCGGAGUAUGGCCAGCGUUGCCAACGCCACUACGCUCCGGUUCUUACGCUUCAUCUCUUCUGGCUGCCGGGUAUGCGACGCUUCCCUGCUUAUAUCGAUCUGUUACGCAAGCAGUGGAUUGUGUUGUAUAUGAAACCCGAACCAGCGACCAAGGAGCAUUGGGUGAGGCAUAUGGAGUAUUUGAAGUGUGUCGUUCCAGAUGAUAGGCUGAUUUUCUAUGAUGUAAAGGAGGGGUGGGAGCCAUUAUGUAGGGUUUUAGAGAAGGCAGUGCCGGAUAUGGAGUUUCCAAGGAUUGACGAUGAGAGGGCGAUUGAGGAAUUAGCGAGGAGGUUUUUAAUCAAAGGCUUCGUGAGGUGGGGCGUCGUGACCUCGGCUGUUAGAGUGGGUGUGGUUGUUAUUCUCUGGGUGGCUAGAACUUAUGCCCAAGAGUUGUGCGCAUCUGGUAUUUACGUCCGUUGAUGUGUCGCCAGACCCGCCUGGGAUUCUGCGUGUCUAUUGAUGUGGCAUUUUA